UCCGCAUGAUUCCUCCAAAAGUUGAUAUGCAAAAGAAUUGCUAUCCCCUAAACAAGAGUUACUUGCACUUUAAUUUACGGUGCUUGACCUGGUUUGGGAUAUGGAAUCCAUACGAGAGGGAAGAUGGCAAGAAAUACUGGUUGUAUCAAGUUUAUUGGGUAUUCGCAGUGAAUAUAAUAAUGGCGAUGAGAGUGGGAAACAUUUUUAUGGAGCAAGUACAUGUUGAGAAUUCCGCCGAAUUUCUCGAUGCAUUCUCGCACUUGGGUGUGAUAAUAGCUGAUGUAAUAACGUAUCUUGCAUUUUUCUUUCAUCGAGUGGAAGUGUGGGACUUGGCUGAGGCAUUCAAUUGGGAGAGACAUUUGCCAGGGACUCACGAAAUAUCACGAUAUCGAAAUACAGUGGUGACUAGUUCCAUGAAUUCGUCCAAGCUGUUUGCUAUCGUAAUAUUUAUCAGUCCCAUCCAGUAUUUCACGUUGGCGUACUACUCAAUUUUUUAUGAGGCCGAUUAUAACAUUGAUAAUUUGCCCAUCGGGAUUGCACCGAUGAAGUAUUCCUUGAUAUCCAAGAAUUUUUGGUUUGCUUUCUUUUGGGAUUACUUAUCGUUCACCCACUUAGGAUUAAUUACCGUCGGUCAGAAUGCCUUCAUUAUGGCAAUUAUGAUCAAUAUUAAAGCGCAAUUGAAGAUGCUUAAUUACCGGAUGGAACGGUGUCACUUGACGACUUAUGAAAUGGAUAAUUCUGGAGAUUAUGAUGACUCAGAUGUCAUUCAUUUCGAAUGCAUUGAGAGACCACUCACUGAUAAAUCUGUAUCACUCAAUCCAAAUGAGGAACUCAUCAAUUGCAUCAGAUUGCAUCAACAAAUUCUCUGGAUAUUGGAAACCUUUAAGACAAUUUAUAAUAAAGCCCUUUUACCUCAGCUGGGCAUCAAUUUGUUAAUAAUAACAGUAAUUUUACUACGAAUCGCUCUGGGUAGAAGAAAUAAUAGUGGUGAUGCGGUAAUUGCUAUCGGUUAUCUACUGCCAGUUGUGCUUCAAUUUUUCACGUACUGUUGGGGUGGUAAUAUUAUUUUAGUCGAAAGCGACAAGUCGACUAAUUCGCUGUACGCAUCUCACUGGUACAACUGCGACAAAGAAUUCCGGGAGAAUGUUAAAAUAUUUUUUGAUGUUAUCAGAAAUCCACUGAUAAUCAAAGUUGGUGGUCUCUAUGAUUUGUCAGCCCUUACUUUCAAAAAUGUCAUCACCAAAGCUUAUUCCGGAGUGGCAGUCCUACAAAAUAUGAGUGAAUGAGCAUGUAGUCUAAUUACUAAAUCUCGUUAAACAAUGCAAUCAAUUUUUCCCCAUCAAAUGUACUAGUUCACCUUUGAAAUAAUAUAAAAAUAAAUUAAUGAAGAAGUGAAAUUAUAAUUUUCUUGUAAAACCGGCAGUAAUGAUUCGUUCAA